AUGAAGGGCGGCGGAGCCAUCAGUAGCAGCGACGGUCGGGCUCCUGGGUGUGAGGCUAGAGAAGGCCAAGCAGAGCACGCCGUCGCCGUCGCAACCAGCUGCGCCUUGGGCGAUGCCGACGAGCUCCAAUGGCUUGACGCCACCAACGCGCUUCAGUGGAUCGAUCCGACACCAGGAACCGUGAGCACCAGGCCCACCUACCCCGCCGCCGGCGCCGCCUCCUUGCAAGAUCCCGACCAUGAUUGGACAAGGCAAAGUUUCAUGUUAUUGGGGCAAUCUUAUUUACAGCCCAGCAAGGUGUUCUGCAUCCAACAGCUGUUGUGA